AUGAUUAACAAGCAAGAACUAUCUCUUGAAUUUGGAAUAAGACUAUUAGCUUACUUAACAAGCACUAUCAUUUCGCUUAACUUGAUAAAUCUCAUAAAGAAUUUCAAUGAUUUGACUUACUAAAAAACCAAUGCCAUUCUAGAUACUUAUCAGAUAAAAUAUGACAUCAAGCUUUAGAGAUUUUAACAAUUGCUCAAAUUGAUUGCAUUCAGUUACAUCUUUACAGCUUUGGCUCUAUUUAUUUCCUAUUCUAUUCUGAUAAUUAAAGAAGUUUCUUAGGUUGCAUCUCAUGAGUAUUUUAGCGUGCUUGCUUAUUUCAUGUUAAUUAGGCCAUCUGAUCUAAUAAUAACGAUUGUUACUAUGACUGUUUGUUGUCUUUAGAUAAAACUAAUAAACAAAUAUCAAGAGUAUAUUUAACUUGGAUUGAUCUAGCACAGUUAAUUUCAUCCUAUUAUAAACUUGAAGAAAUGCUCAGCUCUAAAGUCAAAGGCCAAAAAUGAGAAAGAAAAACAAUAGUCUCAACCGUCUUAUGUGUAGGAUUUAACUUAAUGGCUAAACAAUGAAUAAAAGACUUAAGGUUUUUAAGUUUGA